UCUCCGACUUUCCUGGACAGAGUUGUGAUUUUUUUAAUUUUGCCUGUUUUCCGCUGACGUGAGAAAAUGCGUAAAAUGCCCAUAACUCCCCUAGGGGAAAGUCUCCGCCCGAACCCUCUUAGGCCUUUUAUCCACUCCACAUGUCCUAUCGAUCCACGCAAGAACGAACGAAAUCGGAGUGCUUCAUCUCCAUAGGUUCCCUCGUAAGCAACAUCAAAUAUAAUAUAUUUAGUACCAGUGUUGUACUGCAGACUUUAUCUUUUCAAACAAACGAGAUGAAAUUUCAAGAGUACCAUCAGAUUUCAUACUGUUACCGGUACCGUUGCAUCCGAAGCAAAAGAAUUGUUGUUACAACAAAAUGGAUUAUUAUACCCAAGCAUAAAAGAAAAUCUAGUAUCGCCCGAUUCAUCUAGAUUACUAGAUUUUUACUCGAUUGCAACUAUUUAGUACCGAUCGUGGAAAUCUAGUAAUCGGGCGCUUACUAGAUUUCUUCUAGUUCAGCGAUCGAUUUAACUAUUGCUAGUUGCACAUGCAGACGCAUCUAGUUAAAAGUCUGUUUUCCAACUAGUAAUCUAGAUGACAAGUAGUCGUGCAUUGCCCGAUUACAGACAAAGUGUAUCUAGAUUUUUCCCAUAGGUGAUUUUUACUUGGGUAUAGCCAAGCAAUGUUCCGGUUUAAAGGUUAUCGGUUAUGAUCAGUUUCGGUUCCAUCGGUUAACCGAAACUGUUGCAUGUUUAUCCAUAAGGUUUUAUAGAGGACAUCAGCACAUUAUUUGAAUCACAGGACCAGUUCCGUUAGGAGCUUCAUAAUCAAUUACUUAUACUUCAUAAAUUUCAGCUUCAAAAAGCAUUGCUAUUUUUUACCUGCAUUUUCUUCAACACAAUUUAAAAUUUCUUUUCACUUGACGUCGAAAUUUUUUUUCAACAGUUCGUAACAGUUUCAGUUCUCACAUUCUAUUUCUCACAGUCCCGGUUCUCACAGUUAAAAACUGGAACUGGUGCAUACCUAUUUGAAACAAGUUCUUGAAACUUUAUCCUUUAUCUUUCAAGCCAUUAAAAGCUGAAGUAAUUAGCGCUAAUCACCAAAUUUAUUUUGUGGUUUAUAAAAUUUUAAAAUGUCUCAUAUGGAUCGAGUGCUCAAAAACUAUUUAUUCAUGUACUUGACUCAUGAAAAAAUAUAUUUUUCUUGAUGAACAAUAACCUUUUUCUUAAUGUUUAAAUUUUUCUUCCUUCUGCCUGAUAUGGAUGGCACUUAAGUUAGAACUUUGUUCUUUCAAGUAAUGACGAAUCAGUUACAGAGAAACAUGGAAAAGUAGCAUUCCACGUCACCGUUACAUCAUAUGUUAUGAUUUAGAUCAUACGAAGUCGUACAGCUGGUCAAUCACGUAUUGAAACAUCGAUUCUGAAUAAUACUGAUCAGUAUCAUUUCACUGUCCGAUCGUUUCAAACCAAUUAUACAUAUUUUGAAAUAGAAGUACUGAUUCGCGCAAAUGGUCCCUGUGGUGAUGCUCAACCGCCUUCAAAGAGAAUAUGUACACCUGUACCACAUAUCCACGUGUUUCAGACCGAGACAUUUACAGUUUUAAAUGGUAAUAUGGGUUACUACCUUUCUAGCUUAACACAGCCAAACUAUUGUAAUUCAUCUUGUUCGCCACUUGUUGUUCAACCACAAAUUCCACAUACAUUUUGGAUGUCUGGUGAAGAAAAUUUGCUCGUUCGAGUAAGAUUGGAACCCGCUGAUAGAGAGGGUAGUCGAGAACAAUUUUUUGAAAAUCUUGUUGGCCUUUAUCGCGACGCAUCCGCUAAAAAUAAAACGCCGCCUUUACUAGCUCUACUGGUUUUACUCAAUCACGCAGAGAUUUAUCCAGCAACAUUACCGCUGUCUAUAGGAAAACUGAUUUUAAAACUUGGAGCGCUGCUUGGUCGCAUUCUGGGGCAUCAAACGUCGUAUGAGGAAUACACAACAGCAACUGUAUAG